UGUCAGUUGAGUUGUAAUAAUAUACAUAUGGUCUAAACAAAAUCAAUGUAAAAUUGGAAUGCUGAAAGUUAAUAGUAUAUUAUUGAAUCAAGAUGCAACAUGUUUAUCUGUUUCGCUGGACAAUGGAUACAAAAUCUUUCAAUUGAAUCCUUUGAAAUUGAGAGCUCAGAGAACGUUUAAAGAUGAAGGAUUUUCCAUAGUGCAGAUGCUUUAUAGAAGCAACAUUCUACUGCUGGUCGGAGGAGGGAAUAAUCCAAAGUACCCACCAAAUAAGCUCAUUGUUUGGGAUGAUGUGAAGGAAAAACCUGUUCGCGAGCUUGAGUUACACUUCGAAAUCAAAGGAUUAUCUUUUGAUGGUGAACAUUUGGUGAUCGCUACUGCUUCAAAACUCUUUCUGUAUCAGUUUACCCAUGCUAUGAAAUUACUUCGGACUAUAGACACCCAGAACCCAAAAGGCUUAUGUGCUAUGGUCUCUACUAAGGAAAAAACUACGGCGGUAUUUCCUUCGAAAAAAGUCGGACAAGUCCAAAUUUUGUUUUUGUAUAAAGACCUUAUAAAUACCAGCAUUAUCUCCGCGCACGAUAGCGAACUAUCUUGCUUAGGAAUAUCUAAUUCAGGUUCUAAAAUCGCCUCCUCAUCUUCCUUUGGAACCCUUAUUAGAGUAUGGAACACAGAAACAGGAGAAAAAGUAUCCGAGUUUCGACGGGGGUAUCAACAUGUAUCCAUUUCCCAAUUGUCCUUUUCACCAGAUGAAUUGUUAUUGGCGUGUGCUAGCGCCAAAGAAACCUUACAUGUAUUUUCGUUGAAAGGUAGUCCUAAUACUAACAGAAGUAUAAAAUCUUCGACCACCGAUCCCCAAGAUACAGGUGAACUAUCCUCAUCCACAAAUGAAUCUCAUCGCCGGACACAUUGGAAAAGACAUAUGUUGAAAUUGAUUGACAGUGGAAAACGUGCUCACUGGAGAAUUCAGUUGUACCAAUCGAGUCCAAUUCUUCUUCACUGGCUUGAUGAAAUGACUUUGAUGGUCUGUUAUAGUGAUGCUACAUAUCAGAAAAUUCGCUUAACUGUUCAUGAAAUAACACGGUCUGAUGAUCAUAUCGUGUCCCAUGCUAAUUACUGUUAUGAUUAUAUCUUAGAAGCUGAUGGGUCCCUCUAAAAUCGUUUUUGAUACGAAUUACAGAUAAUAUUUAAUUAGAGAAUCAAACAAGAUUUGCAUCCUUGGUUUGCUACUUCUCUGCUAAUAAUUACUUUAAUGAACAGAUUGUCGAUUUCCUUUGCUUGUAAAUUUUUAUAAUUAAUACUUUAUUAAAUAUUAUAAUUCAGCC